CGCAACCCGUAUUCAGAUUCAAACAAACCACUACGGAGCGGGCAAGAAAUGCGGACGCGCAGUGAUGACGACAUAGAUGCAGUGUGCCCUGGUGUCUUUUUCCUGUUGCUAACAUGAAAGUGUAAAUACUUUGUACAAUCCUGAAAACCUGUUGCAGUCAUGACGUUGAUUCAGCUGACCGCGCUGCGACCUCUUCUCUGUCCGUCCCUGCUGCGACACGUCAGGCCUCGCCUCGUGGUUGCCGGCCGUGCCGAUGUUAGGCCUACACUUCUGUGCCCGGGCGCCACCCUGCAGCCUUCUCCUGCCGCUGCAUGCGCCAGGCUGUACGCCACCAAGAAGGCAAAAGAAAAGGCAAAGGGCCAGUCAGCCAAGGUGAAAAUUAAUGCUGCUCUGAUAGAAGACAUCAUCAAUCUGGAUGAAGUGAAGGAGGACAUGGCCGCCGUUCUCGAUGUCCUAAUGGACGAGUUUACACGCAACCUCAGCAUCCGGACCUCGCCAGGAGCUCUGGAUCACAUCAUGGUGUCUACUGAAGAUGGGAAGUUCCCUCUCAACCAGCUGGGUCAGAUCUCCAUGAAGUCACCUCAGUUCAUUUUGGUCAACAUGAGCAGCUUCCCUGAUGCCACAGCAGCAGCCGCCUGUGCCCUGAAAGAGUCCAGCAUGAACCUAAACCCCGAGGUGGACGGGACCAUGAUCAAGGUGCCCGUUCCCAAAGUGACACGGGAACACAGAGAGAACCUCGUCAAGCUCGCCAAACAGUUGAGCAACAAGGCUAAAGACUCGGCGCGGAGAGUGCGCUCCAGUGCUGUCGCGCAGGUCAAAAAGGCGAAGGAGGGAAACUCUGAGGACACGAUACGACUCAUAGAAAAACAGAUUCAGCAGAUGGCGGACGACAUCGUGGCCGACAUUGACAAAAAGCUCGCGGCUAAGACCAAGGAGUUGUUAGGCUGAUCUCUGCGAUUGGAGGAAACAUCCAUAUCUUGUUCUUGAUACUUUUUCCAUUGGCUAGAAGGCGCACUAUUAUCAACAUGUCUGUAAAUGUGUUGAUAACAGUGCCUCGAUCAUGUUGGUGAGGUCACGGACAAACACGUCUUUAUCCGGCUAUAUGUGUAUUUUUGGGUUCUUUUGGCAGACGCUCGGCCUGUCAACAUAGCUGGCAGAGACUUUGUGAUAUAGCUGCGUAAGUGCAAAACAGAAACUGGCACGGUAACAACGGCAACGACAGACUGCGCGUCACCUCCCGCCUCCCUUGUUACUCUUCCUGUCUUCAAACAAACACCGAGCAAGGGACGAAUGGGCUUUUAAUGGGAUUUGUGGGCCUCCUCCUAAUCAAACCCCUUGCCACAGGGGCUGUCUGUUUAUAUAAAGCAAGCGCACCCGUCCCAAUGUAAACUGGCUGUGGGUUUGUCUUGGUGGCAAGAGCGAGAGAGAGUUUGUUCCAGAGACGUAGGAGUCGACUGAACAGAUACCAACUGCGUGUUGCCAAACAUUUGUUUCACAUUGAUUCCAAGUCUGUUAAAAACGCACACACACACACGCAAAAAAAAAAAAAACGCCUUUAAUUUCUGUCUAGGAUUGAUAAUAUGGCUACUCUCUUUUAAACACAAUAAAGUCAAGAAAGCAACAUUAUUGAUGGACUCCAUUAAAGAAACUCUGCUUUGUA